GCGCGGGAACACAACAAGCCUCAGCCCUCUGCAGCCCAGGCACUGGUAAGCCACCCGCAAGCCGCCGCCGUACAACAACUCUGCGAGAGGCAGGGACCAGGCAGCACCUCAGACUUCUCAGCCGUCGACGCCGCCGCGACCCAGAAAAAAAACAACCAUGAGCCAGAUGCUCGCCGACCAAGGCAAAACCGCCCCGGUCGCCGAGGUCGUCCAAUCACAACCACCGGCCUACGACCAGGCCGUCACCGCGACUGUGGUGCAUGCCCAACCGAUGGCGCCGCCCAUGGUGGUGACCUGCCCGCCCGGCGUUACUGCGGGACAGCCGAUGAGGGUUGUGGAUCCAGGGACCGGCCAGACGAUGCAGGUGACCGUCCCUAAUGGUGUCAAGCCGGGCGGGCAGUUCCAGGUCCAGUUUCCCGCGCCCCAGCCCGUCGUGCAAGCACCGGCGCAGGGCCAGGUCGUCCACGUGCAAGGCCAAGUGGUCCAUCAGGCCGUCGCGCCGGCGUCGUCGGCGACGCGGCGCUGCCGCGGCUGCGGCGUCCAGUUCGAGCUGGACGCCAGGACGAACCCGGCCUCGGCGGCGGCCUUCCGGUGCAAGAAGUGCCGGCAGAUCUCGUUCUCGAACUUCUUCUGAGACCCCGUGUGUUCUAGACUCGCGAGCGCCGACGCUAUCGCCGCGAUCGCUGCAAGAGAAGCAAGGGAAAUACCCGUGUGUAAGACUUGAAAACUU